AACCCGGUAGUUAAACACGUGUGGAUACGAGGUGAGUUCUAUUCUCCACAGAUCAGGAAAAGCAUUUCCAACUCUAGACUUAGGAUCGCGGCCGCAUCUUGUCAAGCAGCUCCACUUUAAGCCCGUGUGUCUGCGCAUGCGUGGGAAUCAAACGCCGCUGCGCGGAGUCAUGACAGACAACAGAGCUGUGUCAAAGCAGUAGUGAGCAGUUGGAGUCAGGACCAUCGAGGUGAACAUGUCGGAACCGGACCGAGCCGAUCAGCAGAGACGGGGACCCAGGCGCUUCAUCAGCGGGGUGGUGGAAGGUUUCUACGGGCGGCCAUGGACCAUGGAGCAAAGAACAGAGCUGUUUAAGAGAGAGCAGACGUGGGGCCUGAACACCUACCUCUAUGCCCCCAAAGACGACUACAAACACAGGAUGUACUGGAGAGACCUGUACUCUGCUGAGGAGGCCGAGCUCCUCGUCGCGCUGAUAUCAGCGGCCAAGCAGCACAGCGUCGAGUUCAUCUACGCAAUCUCUCCCGGUCUGGACAUUACGUUUUCCAACCCGAAGGAGGUCGCCGCCCUGAAGAGGAAACUGGAUCAGGUGAAGGCGUUCGGCUGCAGGUCCUUCUCUCUAUUGUUCGACGACAUCGAGACGGAGAUGUGUCCGGCCGAUAAGCGCGCCUUCAGCUCCUUCGCUCACGCCCAGGUCGCCGUCACUAAUGAGGUGUACCAGCACCUCGGAGGCCCCGAAACCUUCCUCUUCUGCCCCACCGAUUACUGUGCCGCGUUCUGCACUCCCAACGUGUCCCAGUCGUCUUACCUCCACACUGUGGGCGAGAACCUGCUGCCUGGUAUCGACAUACUGUGGACUGGUCCAAAAGUGGUAUCUCAUAAAAUCUCAGUGGAGUCCAUAGAAGAGGUGUCUGCUGUCCUGAAGAGGGCACCGGUCAUCUGGGAUAACAUUCACGCCAACGACUACGACCCCCAAAGGCUUUUUCUUGGACCUUACAAGGACCGUCCCACUGGGCUGAUUCCCAAACUCAGAGGCGUCCUCACAAACCCCAACUGCGAGUUUUUCCCCAACUUUGUGGCCAUCCACACUCUGGCCACGUGGUGCAAGGCUGCAGGAGGCGCGGAGCCGAGGGACGUGGAGAUGGGUGAUGAGGAGGAGGACCCCCGCUACAGUCCCCACAAAGCGCUGACCCUGGCGCUCGCCGACUGGCUGCAGGAGUUCCUGAGCACAGACCAGCCUGCAGGCCCUCGCGGUCCUCGCCUCAGGAAGGGGCUGGCGGACGAGGAGCCCAUGCAGACGGACGCCUACGCCCCCCGGCCGGACGACAACCCCCUGUACACCGCCGAGCCCCUGACGCUGGAGGACCUGAGGCUGCUGUCGGAGCUCUUCUACCUGCCGUACGAACACGGGCCCACGGCCAGAACCAUGCUGCAGGAGCUGGACUGGCUGAGGAGCCACAGCCAGGCUGCCGCCUCGGGGCCGGACCAGGUAAGGGGUCGCUCCCCCCCCCGAUCACCGCCUGCUGGCGCUCCGCAGGCUGCAGAGUGGCGCUCCCGGGCGCAGCGCUUCGACGGCAUGUGCGACGCCGUGGUGCAGAUGUUCAACCGCCUGUCAAACGCUCCCAACCGCAGCGUUCUCUACGACCUCUACAACUACAUCUGUGACAUCAAGAGCGGGGUCGGCCUGGCUCGGGCCUACGUCAAGACACUCGGAGGACACGGUGAGCCCUCUGCUCAGCUCAUGAACACUGAUCCUGAGCCCUGGGGCUUCAGAGGAGGCCUCUCUGGGGAGUUUCAGAGGAUGCUGCCCUGCCACGGGAACAGGGACCUGUUCAAACGCCCUCCUACGACAGCCGUGUACUGCGUACGGCCCUGCCUCCCGGGAGAUGAGAUGGAGGUGCAGAGGAUUUUCAAGGAGAUGCAGAGAUCAGGAGACGAGAGAGUGUCCCGUGUGAGGCAGCCUCCUCUCAUCUGUGACAGCCUGUCAGCAGGCGACAUCUCCCCCUCCCCUCAGUGUGCGCUGGUCAUGGAGGACGACGCCGGGGUGUGCGGCUACGCUCUGGCUCUCACUGACGCCAAACCAGCGGCUGCCAAGGUUCAGAGGGUGACGAGUGAGGAUUUCCCCUCCCUGGUCACUGUUCAAGUGCUGCCCCGGGUCACGGAUCCAUCGCCAGUCAAGCGUAUGAUUGGCUGGCUGCUGUCUUCCAUUAAGAGCAGUGGUUCCACAGGAGCGUUCUGUGAGUUGCGACGGGGCGAUCGGAGAAUGCUCGACUUUUACUCCAAACUAGGCUCCUUCAGACCCAGAGACGUGGCCGACUUACCUCAGGACAUCCUCUCCAUGGGAACCAGCCUGUGAGCGAGGUCUCCUCCGGUUUCAUGCGUUUGUGUGGAGAAUCGAUAAAUCUGCAGCAUUUGUUUUAACCAGGCACAAUAAAAACAGAAGACAUUUAAACAAGGGGUUUGGUUUUAAUUAGUUUUGUUCACAAAGAUGCAAAAUAGAUUUUUUUUAAACUGUUAAACAGCUGAUUAAGGUUAUAUUUUUCAUCUGAGUCUGACCUGCCUAAAAUAAAACUGUAGUUUACAGAGCAGACUGUGACAAUGACGUCACAUUAUUUCAAAUGGAAUCAUAAAGUUCAGUGUAACAUGUUAAAUAAAAAUCUCCUUACUUAA